UUCCCCAUUUCAGUUCCACUGUUCACCUAAAACCCCAAUCCUUAAACCCUAAAAAGAAAAUUUUGAUUCUCAACCCUAAAUGGCUCGAUUAAUUCGAACUGCUCAAAGUGCGCUGCGAUUGUCUUCUUCUUGUUCAUGCAAAACCCUAAUCAAUGGCAUUCAACGCCACCCAAAUCCUUCGCUGCAAGUGCAGAAAGCGAUCUCAACCUUUCUCUUCCAAAACAGACCUUACGCUUCUGAGACGCUUCCCAAGUCGCCCGUGGAAGCUAACAUCCUUAGAAUCCUCAGAAACGAGGAGGAGUACCAGUCCGAGUAUGCUCCUCCUGAACAGCCUCCUACAAAAUUCAAUUCGUUUACGGUGCAAGAUCGGCCAGGUGAGCUGUGGAUGACAAUGAGAGGAAAAUUUGGAGACACUGAGGAUAUUAAAAUUGAAGUUACUAUGUUUGAUGGGUAUGAAACGGUUCCCAAGACUGGAGAUGACAGUUCUGGGGAAGACGUGCGUCUUCACCUCAGUAUGAUUGUUGAUAUUUCCAGGGGGGAUGGCUCCAAUGAUUUGGAGUUUCUGUGCUCGGCCUGGCCGGACCGUCUAGAGGUUCAGAAAGUUUAUGUUCUUGAUCGUUAUAGAAUGCCGGCUAAGCCAUUUAUGGGACCUGAUUUCAGGAGUUUGAAGAGAACGAUUCAAAAGAGGUUUAUUGAGUAUUUGGAAGCAAGGGGAGUGGAUGAUGAGCUUUCUGUUUUCCUGCAUCAAUAUAUGGCGAACAAGGACAGAAUAGAACUCAUCAAAUGGUUGGGAAAGGUCAAGUCGUUUCUGGAAAAAUAGAACGAUGUGAAGGUGUGGGAAUAUGACAUGUGCUGGGGCAACCAUGCGAAAACCUUGUUUAUUGGGGCGACAGGUGCAGUGACUUACGCCAACCUCGAAGAAAUUUGAGUUUCUGAUGGGAAAGUUAUGUAAAAUGUGACACAUAAAGUAUUAUUACAUUAUUAUACAAAAUGUUUAAACUUCAA